ACAGUAACUAACGCUUGUUGUUUAGAUAUAUUUCCUUUGUUUUCGAAUUUCAAUACAGUUUUUAACUUCGGGCUCUUAUCAAGCAAGAAAAUCCGAAAAUUAUUUCGAAUUGGCAACGCCGCUAUGACCUAGAAUAAGGAGCGCCAUUGAACAUUUCAGUUGAUUCUGAAAUAUUCUGAAAUAAUCGACUUUCAUGAAAUAUCCGCGGAAAGCUACCCUAAAACCGCGCAACGUGAGUGUAUCUUUUAAAAGCUAGUGGAAAAAGUGCCCAUUUUUCUUUGAUUCGUUAAUAAAAGGUGUGCAAAAUGUGAAACGAAGUCAAAGAUAAAUGAACUAAUCUGGAUGAAUUAAAAUAAAAAAGUAUUAAUAGGCCUAAAGUAAAGUGAUAAGUCAAGCUGCUCUGUGAUUUUUUACAUCUAAAAUUAUGUCGUUAACUGUUUUCUGAUCAAAGUUUAAGGAAUAUCAAAACGUCGUCGUCUCAAAAAAUUACGUGGCUUCGUCAGCCACGACAAGCCGGAAGUGGCUCAGUUUCCGUCCGCCGUUUUAAUGUGACUGUGGUAAACGACAGCGAUAAAGAAUGUCGCUUGGAUUCUUCAUCGCCGGUCCCACGUCAUCGUGGUCAACCAUUUGCAAGUAUACCAGAAGACCAUGCGUUAGAUUCCGACGAAGAGUCUCAAAUUGAAGUUUACAAACCUAGACAUUCAACAAAUAAUAGCAGAUGCGCAUCUCCGGCACCUUCGUGGGAUUUCAGCCAAGAUGAAAGCAGUGAAAGUGUUGUAAGUAAAACUUUUCGAACUCUUAAAUGAAUUAGAAACACCUGUGUCUACCUAGAUAUGAGAAUUUUUACUAAUUUAAAUCCGGAAGUAUAUGAUUUGGCGUGAUUGCUUUGAACAGAUGGUAAACACUUGGCACAAAUCCACAUAUAAUGACAAAGCUGGCAAACUAUUACCGUUCGAAAGUGAAAAAUCAUAUCGUUGCUUCCUAAUAACGUAUCAAAUUUAUUUCUACAUUUUUACCCCCGCAUCCACUUUUUAAAAAAAUUUUUCAGUUUUCAGACUUACAGCUACAAUGGUUUUAUUCGCUUUCUAAGCGUUCUGUUGAGUUUUGGAAAUACUAUAUAUUAUGUUCCUUUACUUCAACUAUAUAAACUAAUAUAUAGAAGUGUUGGUUUAUUAGUCACUGCUGUAAUAAAUAAUCAGCUGAUUGCGAUACUGUUGCCGUCUAUGUUUGUUAAUGUGAAUCACAAGUUUCCAUCAAAUGGAGAAGUAAGGAAAUUCUUGGAAAAUCUUUUAAUUUUUAACAGCUGUCACUUUACAGCAUCAGAAAUUAGUUUUCAAGUUUUUUCAUGUCUAGUUUUCGCUAAAAAUAGGUGAUUAUCUACACAGUAUUUUAAAAUAAAAAAACUUGUGUUUAAAAUUGUGUGAAGUGAUAUGUAGUAGCAGAUUUUAGUGAUAAUAACAGUAAGGUGAUUUUUUGUGUUAAAAAGUGGUUUAUGUAGCUAUUGGAAUGUAUAACGCAUUAAUAAAUGCAACAAUAAAUGUAUAGCACCAAAGAUGGACACAGAUGUUACCCAACAAACGAAUUCUGUUAUCGGAGAACCUCAAAAUAAUACCCAUUCCAUCGCUGGAACAUCCAAAGAUACAAUAAAGCUUAAUCCGAAAAAAGAAUCUGAAGAUUCUUGUUCGGAAGAAAGUGACGUUGAACCAGAUCUAAUAGAAACAAUAAAUUACAACGUAAUUUCAUCUAUCGGUGGUAUGAAGGAUUUAGUACCUGAAGAAGAGCUUAGCAAUACAUUCUUCCACAGAUAUUUUAGUAACCAUAGUAAUAGUUUACCUUCUAAGAUGACAAUGACGUCUAGAAGGUUGUCUCAAUGUAGAGAGGAGGACGAAGAAGAAGAGAAACGAGAGCCCUCGAAUAUGUCUACGAUAUCUGGUAGCGAUAAAUCACUUUCUGAGUCUUCGAGCGGUUCGAAAACGUCUGUGAUAGAUACUGUCAGUGGCCCUACCCACAAAUUUGUGAUAACGAAAACCAAAACUAUUAAUGAAACCAAAAACGAAGAAAAGGAAUCCAAAAGUGAAAAAGAACCUAAAAAUGAUAAAAACGAGAAGAAAGAAUUAUCGGAAGCUGCUAAGAUUUUUGCCAGAAAUAAGGAGUAUCGUAUGGCCAAUACAGUAUUAGGUGUGCCUUCACAAGACGCCGCCAGACCUUCGUUACGGUCGAUUUUUAGAUCUCCUUUACAGAGUCCUCAUUACGAUUCUAGAUUUUUCGAUUCUUCUUUAAUUUCCAUGAAAAGCCAAACUUCUAGUAGUUCAACUUUGGACUAUGUCGGAAGCAAUGAAGAUGUUUGGGUUAAAAUGCCUCCCAGUGAAUUGAAACGCGAAUUGGGUUCCCAACCUCUACCUCAAACUACAACGGAAGAUGAUAGCGGCCUACCGCGCCCCAGAUCUGGUACUUGGGGUUCUAAAACAGAUAAACAGAAAUCUAAGGAAACACCAGAGUCGAGACGGAAAAAAGAAAAGGAGAGUAGAAGCGGAGCAGCCUCCAGGUCCAAUUCAUCCGAAAGGAGAGGAUCUGUGGAUGCUAGUCCGAAAAAACACGGGUUCAGAAAAAGAUCGAAUUCAGAUGCCGGCAAAAGGAAAGGGAACAUUUUCAUGGCUUCUAUGAAAAGUGCAAUGGUGCAUACUGGGUUGAUGCAAGCAAAGAAAACACCCAGAGAUGGUUCCGCUCAUCCUGUAUUAGACGAUGAUAACGAUCCAAAAUACUAUCAUACAGUUACAGCAGCAGCAACUGUUAGCCGCAGCCCGAUGACUAAGGUUAUGGAUAUUUUCAGAAAACCUCACAUAUCCACAACCACACAGACAUCAGAAGAAGAAAAGGAAAAGAAGGACAAGAAGAAGGAAAAAUAUGUUGCCCACACUCGUCCUAAAGCUCCCAGAGAUGGAUCUGCACAUCCAGUUAGAGAUGGCAAUUCUGAUACACAAUAUUACCACACAGUUACUGCUUCUUCGAGUCGCAGUCCAAUGACUAAAGUUAUGGAUAUAUUCAGAAACAGGUCACACGUCAACGUUCCUCCUGACGAUAGAAAAAAGAAACAGCAACAACAAAUUGGUGCUCACUUACGUCAAAAAUCUCUCGAUCCCGAACGACGCAGACAAUCAAUUGGACCAAUUCCGAAUAUACACAGAGCAUCCGAUGCUUUCGUAGAUCCAUACCACGCAGCGAUAUUAUUCAGAGAUUCCAGAGGGUUACCAGUGGUAGAUCCGUUUCUUGAAAAAGUCAAUUUCUCCGAUUUGGAAGAAGAUGAAUCCCAAAUUUUCGUUAAAUUUUUCAAAUUCCACAAGUGUUAUGACCUCAUACCAACAUCUGCUAAAUUGGUCGUCUUCGAUACGCAAUUGUUAGUCAAAAAGGCCUUCUUUGCCCUUGUAUAUAAUGGUGUUAGGGCAGCGCCGUUAUGGGAUAGUACAAAACAAGAAUUUGUCGGUAUGUUAACUAUCACGGAUUUUAUAAAAAUUCUUAGGAUGUAUUACAAAUCACCCGACGUGGCUAUGGAGGAAUUGGAAGAGCACAAAUUAGAUACAUGGCGAAGAGUAUUGAAAGAUAAGAAGCCUCUUAUUAACAUAGGUCCCGAUGCCUCACUUUAUGAUGCCAUUAAAACCCUAAUACACAAUAGAAUUCACAGGUUGCCUGUCAUAGAUCCCGAUACGGGAAAUGUACUGUACAUUCUCACACAUAAACGAAUACUUAGGUUUCUAUUUUUGUAUAUUAACGAAUUACCAAAACCAAGUUACAUGCUUAAAACUUUGAGAGAAGUUCGAAUUGGUAGUUAUGACAAUAUAGAAAUGGCGUCCGAAGAAACUACAAUAAUUCUAGCUUUAAAAAAGUUCGUCGAGAGGAGGGUUUCGGCGUUGCCUGUGAUAGAUAAUGAAGGAAGACUUGUAGAUAUUUAUGCAAAGUUUGAUGUUAUUAAUUUGGCGGCCGAAAAAACUUACAACGAUUUAGAUGUAUCAUUGAAAAAAGCCAAUGAACACAGAAACGAGUGGUUCGAGGGUGUAUAUAAAUGUAAAUUAGAUGAAACACUUUAUGCCAUUAUGGAAAAGAUUGUUAAAGCUGAGGUUCAUAGGUUAGUUGUCGUAGAUGAUGAAGACAAAGUAUUAGGAAUUAUUUCAUUGUCUGAUUUACUCUUGUACCUGGUAUUAAGGCCGUGUGGUGAAGAUGGAGGAACAACUGAUGGUGCUGUAUCUCUUAGAGCUCAGGAUAUUAAAAUAAACGAUACGCUUUGUGAUGACGACAUUAGUCAACCUGUAAUUCCCGAAGAAGAAGAACAAGACCACCCAGAUGAAAAUCUUGUGAAUAAAUCAGAAGAAAAAACUACAGACACUGUUGAAGUGGUGAAAGAAUGUGCCGAGGUAUUAGACAGCUCACCUAGUGCCUCCUUAGAUGAUCCUUUACAAGAUGGUGCCAUAAUAAAAGAGGUUACAGUUACAGGAGGCGAGUGAUAAAAUGAAAGAAAUUUUAUAGAAAUUUUUGGUGAUUUUUUAAAAGUUGAAUGCGGGUUCUAUGUGUCUGUGAGAAAUAAAAAAAAACAAAAUGUGUAUUUAUAAAUAUGCUUUUUGAUACAGGUUAGGUCCAAAUGUCUUUGUGUCCCUGUAAUGAAUUAUGUGUUGUACAAAUAUAUUUUGCCUUGAAUUUUUGCAAAUUUAACAUAGCAUAGAAAUAAUUCGAUUAAGCCAUACUAAUAAUUUAAAUCUGAGCAGUACAAAAAGUUUAAAAUGUCUCAAGUGAGAAUUCAAUUAAUAAUUACUAUAUCCAUAGUCCCACAGAAUUUAACAGAGCUCUAAAGAACAUCCACAUUUAAAUCAGAAAAUUUUUGUUCUAGUAAAGACAGUUAGGAAUUUUGAUUCUUCUUCAUUUUAUUGGAAAGAUAUUGAAAAUGAAGUUGGGUAACUCAUACAUACAAAAUUUGAUGUAAUUUUUCAUUUUUAUUUUGUUAAGCAAAUAAAAAUGAACGAUUCCAGAUUUAUCCUGUACAUUUUAUUUUCUAUGAAUUUCAUGAUUUUAAUUGUUUGUGAUAACCAUUUCACCAUAUAUCUUCUUUUAUAACGUAUCAUAUAUGGAUAAUUUAUUCCUCACUAAUUCAAGCGAAUCUCAUUCACAUAAAGUUGUGCAGUACGCGUCCAGAUUAGCACUCAACACCUCAUUUUAAAACAAUAAUUUUAAACAAAUAUUAAAAAAUUGUUGUAUUAUUUUUAUAUAUCUUUGUUUAAACAGUAUUUAAAAUAGCAGUUUACAAGAAAAAAAUUGAACAUAAGUCUUCAAUUUAAAAAUAAACUUUGACAGUAACCACCAUUGCAAGUUUGACUUGAAAAAUGUAGUGAUUAAUAAUAAUCCAAAAACAAAAUAACAGAAUAUCCAAGAUGCCAUCCAAUUUGAUACUGUAACAGUAUGAUUUCGUUACUUCAUUCUGUAACAAAAAAAUACUUAUUAAUAAAUAAAUAAAAAUUUUGACACGACGUUUUCAUUGUACAUUUACUUUUUGUCGCAAUCCCGACAUACAUUGUUUUUCAGUUGAAUGGUUUUUACAAACAGUUGCUUGACAUUUUUGGCAAAAUGUCUUCACCUUUCAUCUCUUGUCCUUGGACACAAGUUACAAUAUUUUCGCAACAAUUUAUUAUCAACAUUAGCACAUUUGUAAAGCACAUAGGCAUUAGCUAUUGAAAUGUCAAGCAUGGAAACAUCUGUAAAAUGCGUGUAUUUAGUAGUGGAUCAAAUUUUACUUGUUGAUGGAAUUAUCCACUUUAAUAAGUAGAAGGAAUGUUUGUGUUUUUGGCAAGUUAUUUAGUGAAUAACGGAAUUCAUUAAGAAUCUAAUAGCAUACACUAAACUGAGGAUUCAUCUAGGAUGCAUCUAGAAUUUUGAAAAUAAUUUUAAUUUCCACUAGACUAAUAUUUUUCCUUUGUUUAUUGUUGCUGCAUUGUUAAAUCUGUUGGUAUUUUUUCUAUUGAUAUAUUUCCAAUCAUGUCAGUUUAGUUUUUAAUUUACAAUAUUUGAAAAAAAUUAAUUUGAUUUGUAAUUUAUCUUGUUCGUUUAAAUUUUUAAAACUGCUUCUAAUAUAGUAAUAAUAUUUGAAGGACUAUAAUCUGUGUAUUUUAUUAAUUUUAUUUUAAUUAGUUAGUCUGGAAUAUGAAUUAUUUAAUUUUGUGAGAAACCGAGACAUAUUUACAUCCUCUUUCUGUUUUAAUAUCUUUUCUCAGUAUUUCGAUGUUAAAUUUAUACUGAAAUUAUUAAACAAAAGUGAUAUUGAAAACAUUCUGUCUGAAACAUUCCAUUAAAAAAAUUUUUGGACUUAGUUAUUUAAAUAUUGACUAUUUUUCUAUAUUUCCAAAUUUUAGGUUUCAUGUAAAAAAUUUCACACCGCUAUGUAAUAAUUGUUCGUAAAAAGAGAAAUAUUGUUUAUAAAUUUUUCUUUAGUAAUGAGUAAGAAAAAGCUCUGUAUCUGUCUCGGUUUUUUGUAUAAUUAAAAUGAUUUUUAAAUUAUUUAUCGAAAUUUAAAGCUACUGACUACUAUAUAGUGCCGAUAAAUCAAAUUAAUAUUGCUAUGUACUCUAAGUUGAUGAUGAAGAAGUUUCAAAAUGCUUUAAAUGUCAUUCUUAUUAUAUUUGCAUUGAUCAACAAAGCGCAGACCCGUAUUUUGCACGACGUCGCAAACAUAUUUUGUUCAAUUUGCCAUAUGGAAGUGCUUAGUUCAAGGGAAGAGGUUUUCCUUUUAUGUAUUGUAAAUAGCAGAUGGAGAAGUUAUUCUUUUUGGUCUCUAUAAAAAGUAUGACUCGUAUCUCAAAGCUUUUGUACACUAGAAUAAGUUUUCGUUAUAUCAAGUACAAUAAUAUACAUACAUACAUCCUUUUCAGUUGAACUAGCAAACUAGUCCGAAACGAAUUCACUACAUUUACAUGUCUAUGUAGGUGAUGGUGCGCUUACUAUAAUCGAUUAUGGAUAUUGUUGGUCAUGUACCACGAAUAAUACAAUCUGGACAAAAGUUUGUUACUGGCACUGACUACUGUCAGUGCGAGUUUUCACGUGUAGAUUUUUCUGACCAUCCCCGUAUUAGGAUAAUAUGUGUGAACAGUUUACUGUAAACACCAGGUACAAUAAUUUGAUAAAUAUUGUGUUAUAUGAUAAAUUUAAAAUGUUUUUUAUCUCAAAGAUUAUAAUAGAUUUUACAUUUUUUGAAAAAGAGCAUUUUGGAUCAUCCUGUAUGUGUAUAAUAACAAAUGGAUUGUUUAUAAUUAAUUAAGAAGUUAUUUAAUGAACAAUAAAUUUAGAAUGAAAGAAGUAAAUUGCAUGAUUAUAUCAAGUGAUUAAAUCAUAGAGAAAACCGGCAAUUACUUAUACCACAACUCUGCAAGGACAUUGGUUUAAUUUAACUCCAUUCCAUUAAUCCUCAUUUGUUUAAGGUUCACAAUUUUUAGUGCACUUUUUGGAUUCAUUCAGUUUUUUUUAUGCAAAAACAAGCAUAAGAGGGUAAACCCUAUUACACUCAAGUAGUUCAAGUGGUGCCUACCGUGUGGAGAUAUCUGUGGGUAUUUAUCUUGAACUUCUGUCGAUUGUAGUGUUCGGAAAAGACGUGCCUUGGUAGCUGAUUCACAGGCUUGUACUUCUCCAAAGAAAGGAGUACCGAUAAACUGACGUUCUCAGCGUCUGCAGGCGAACUCUGUGUUAAUGAGCCACGUCUGCCUGUCGAGUAUAUCUCGCAUAUACUGUUCUGGAUGAGAUUAUGUAAGACACCUCGAUAGAGCAUCUGCCGUGGGCGUAUCGGUAAAAACAAGUCAGGUCAGCGACCUUUCUUUUUUGCUCUAAGCUGUCCAAGUUUCUGGUCAACUCUGGGUUGCCUGUAAGUCGAAUUGAUGUCUUCUGUAUUGGAUUGAGCAUCUUCAAGGUAUGCUUGGGGACCGAGCUCCAAUACUCCAAAGAUAGACGAAUCUGUGUCUUGUAGAGAAUGGGAAGCUGUUGCGGAGUCUAAAGCUUUUUGGCCUUGAAGGGAGCUCCAAGUUUUUGUGAAACCGCCUUAGCUAAUUUACCAAUUCGUCAUGUAUUAUUGAGUUGAUGUCAAAUGACGAUUUGAUAAAUUUUUUUGAUAAAUACUAAUCCACUAGAAUCAUUUUAGCGUUUUUAUACUCUAUAGAGUGCUGCCUGUUUCAUCUCUUAUAACUUUUUGUAUUUAAAAUAUUCACUACCCAUCAGCUGUGUUAAAAAUUUUUUUUUUCAUUUUUUCAUUAACAUCAUGCAGGAAGUUUGAAAGUCCAAUGCGUUUUUCGCGCACUUUAUCACGCAAUUCAUUCAGUUGAAGAAUCAAAUUUCUCAGCACUGAAUCUCAUUCUAGACCUUUCAGAUUUGUUGAUGAAUUUCAAUUUUUUUUAACUGAAUGCGAGAUUUCGAAAACGAAUCACCGAAUUUUAUAAUAAGCGGGAUAUUUAAUUAACUGAACGAAAUUAAACAAGUGUUCAAGUAAGAUGUAUACACAUCCAAGAGCGAGCUCAAAAAACCUGCUGCGGAGCAAAUUGUAAACGGAACUUACUUUACGAAUAUACUAUGUGCUUUUUGAUCAUAAAGAAUUUUUUUUGAAUUAUUGUUUCCACCAAGUUUACUUACCAUUUCUAGAAUUUUUAAAUGGAGCAAGCUAUAAAUUUGUAAAUUUUUGGCAUUUAACACUUUUCAUACUCUAUAUAAUCAAUAACUAAUUAUGUAAUAAUAAAAAUAGAAUAUUACUGAGUGAAUUAAAAUAAUUUUUAUAAUUGUAUUGUGAAUCUAACAAGACAUUUUGUAACCCCUAGAUAUUACUUUGGAAAAAGAAUUUAAUUGAAUCCCAGUGAAAAUCCAUGUAUAAUUGAUCAUGAAAUUAGGGAUGUCUGUAAACUUAAUUUCUUGGUGUGUUUUCAUAUUUGUUACUGAAUUUAUUGCUUACAUAAAAUCUUUGAUGUUAAAUUGAAAUUAAUAGGAAUUUAAUAUCAAUGAAUUGCCGGUUUUCCAUCUAAUAAUUAGUAUUGGGCGUUUAAACGUUGUUCAAUUCUAAUAAUAAACAUUUUAUUAUUUAUGUAGUAGUUUAAAUAAUUAUGUAGGUAUAAAACAAAAAGAGUAAGCUGCCUUAUUUAGGAUGCUGAAGAUAGUAAAUGAAGUGCUACAAUAUUUUCUGCAAGUUAUGUAAUAUCAAUAAAAAAUUAUUUAUAAA